AUGGACUUCAUGAGACAAGCCGAAGCAGCACUCUUGCCUCAUAUCAACUCUCUGUGCAUCUUGGACGAACGCUCCCCUUGCAUGGUACCAGUUGUUGCUUCUACUAGGGUUCAUGGGAAGCAAGUUUCUGCACUACAACUUUUUCAUGGAGAAGCCUUGGUCAACGCCAACAUGAAGGAAGCAGAGAAGUUCCCCACUCCACUAGCUAAAGAAGCCGCCCCUCAAGCCAACAACUACAGCAGCAGCAGGCCAUCCAGCCGUCUACACCUCUCCAGCAACAGAGUUCCCAUGGCUAAUCACCAAUACCCACAACUUCUCUUACCGCUGUUACUGAUAACUUUGUCAUUGAGGAGCAAUGAAGUAGCUUUUGCAGCUCGUCAACUUCUUGAGGAGACACCAUCGCCGGCGGUGCCAGAACUUCCGAAGCCUGAAUUGCCACCUCUACCCACUAUCCCCACCAUCCCUAAACCUGAAUUUCCACCUUUACCAAAGCCUGAGUUGCCCACUCUGCCAAAGCCUGAACUGCCGCCUGUGCCUGAGGUUCCUAGUCUGCCUAAGCCUGAACUUCCACCACUGCCCAAGGCGGAGUUGCCACCUCUUCCACAUUUUCCGACGUUGCCAAAACUGCCUGAACUGCCCAAGGACAUACCCAUCCCUUCCCUCUCCCCACCCUAUUCAACAUCUAACCCUUAA